ACUCGCGGAAGAUGUUGGAGUUUGUGUACAAAGUCAAAGUCUAGAGUGGGAAGGUCCUCUCCUGUGAUGAGUAAUUUGAUCGGAUUGUUUUAUGAUUUUGAAAUAUUUUAUGUAAUGAUAAUAUCAUGGCGGAAAGAUUAAGGACCGAGGAGUUACCCGCUCCAUGGAAAUAUGCUGUCACUUCUGAUGGACGAGUUUUCUUUAUAAAUGAUGACACAGGACAUGACAAAGGGAUAACGACGUGGGUUCAUCCAGUUUCGGGAGAAGCGGUUGCGUCGGGGUACGAGAGCAGAGAUGAUCUACCUCCUGGAUGGCAAGAAGGCUCUACGGCUGACGGCCAAAUCUACUUUGUCAAUCACUAUGAUGAAUCAACCACAUUCAGUAACCCUGUAACUGGACGAACAGAGAUGGAUACAGACGCUCCGGAUGCACCACAAAUGUACCCCUCUAAUGAUCAGAACAGCCCCCCGGCCGACGCCGACUACCCCGAGACCCCCCAGAGCCCCACCCUCUCAGGGAAACCCUCCUUUAAGAAACGCACCAUCCCCAAGCACGAGGCACCCAAGGUCAAGCGACGAGACGGUGCCGUGGUGUCCAAGGACGGCUGGCUACAGAAGAAGGACAGUACCGGUCUAGGGGUCUGGCGCAAGAGGUGGUGCGUCAUAUCGGACUUCUGUCUCUUCUACUACAAAGUUGAGUUUGAAUCGGACUUCUGUCUCUUCUAUUACAAAGGUGCCGAUGAGGUGAACCAAGCAGGCACUGUAAUGCUACCCAGCUAUAUCAUCAAACCGGUUGAACCAAGGGAUAAAAUCAACAAGAAAUUUGCUUUCAAGUGUGAACACAGUAACAUGAGGACCUAUUACUUCGCUGCUGAGUCAGAUGAUCAGAUGCAUCAAUGGAUUGAUGCUCUGAAUGAUGCUUCACAGGUCAAUCUAGACAGGGGCUACGGCGACCGUGACGAGAUGGACUGGGGCGGUGGUCAGGUCCGGAGCCCCAUGUCGCUCCAGCGAAACGGCGACGCCCCUACCAAUGGCAACCACCCCAACGGCUCCGCCCAGCCAGGGCAAGACUCCCCCAACAGGGCCACUGGCCCACCUAAGCAGCGAGGAUGGGGCAACUAUGAGGAUAUUGAGUUUGGGAGCUCGCCCGGAGGCGAGACAAGCUUGAAGAACGGUCAUGGUCCAGACAGGUCCCUCCUUCAGCAGUCAUCCAGGGAAUCGUGGGAAGGCUCCCAGCCUCGUAGUAACCAUGACACCGGCUCACAUAGCUCACACAGCCAGGAGGAGAGACGUUCCGGUCAGAACAGCCAUCUGUCGCCCCCUAGGUCUCCGAGCUUACACAGCGCGUCGUCAAGGGAUCACAGUUAUGUGGACGAAAAAGCAGGAGACCCUAACGAAAGCUACAACUACGUGGACAUAUCCGAGAUCAAGGAGCGCAAGCGACAGAACCAGCUGGACUCUCAGAGCUCCUACAACGAUGACCCCCGAUCCGGUCAGCAACAGAGGCCACCGUCCAGGCACCACGAUGACCGAGGCUCCCUUGGCAGCGGUCAUUCGGGGUACAGGAAUGGGAGAGACGAGAUGGACGGGGUCUUUCCUCUUCAGGACCGGCCGGUGGAGAUCAACGUUUCCAUGGCAUCUGAUGCUGACCCGUCCUGGGGUCAAGGGCCACAUGGGCCGCGGUCAAACAACCCGAAGAGGUCGGAGAGUCGAAGGUCAAAUGCAAGCCAGAGAUCUGAACCUAGUCACCAGCGAGGCCUGGCACCAAUGGAAGAAGUACCAGUGACCAGGGCUAGCAACGAGAGACUUCACUCUGCUCCCAGGCGUGAAGAGUCUUCCUACCAACAGAGUGCACCACCAAGGGGUAGGGAACCGCCCAUGCAUGACAGGGUACCACCUCAGCAUGGUAGAAUGCCACCUCAGCAUGGGAGAGUGCCGUCAGAUUAUGAAAGGGUACCGCAUGGGCAUGUUCGGUCACCUUCCGAGUAUAGCAGGUCGCCGUCUGAAUAUAGCAGGUCUCCGUCUGAAUAUAGUCGGUCACCUUCAGAGCAUAGAGGACCGCCAGGUAGGGGACCUCAACCCCAGCAGCAAUAUGGGAGGGUACCAUCCCAGCAUGGUAGGGCACCGCAUGAAGCAGGUAAGGCACCGCAUGGCAGGAUGCCACCACCAGGUCAUGGGAGGGGGCCACCCCGCCAGGGACAGGCACCGCCACACCAGGGACGAGCGCCGCCACACCAGAGGCAGGAUAUCGUCCGUGCACCAUCCCAUCCCGAACAAGGUCGGCCACGGCAAGGUCAAGGUCGAGGGUACCCACCACAAGGCGGUGCACCACAUCACCAGGAGAGAAUGCCAAUUCAACAGAGCAGGGCACCGCAGGAGCACAGCAGGGUACCGCCCAACCAGGGUAGGCCACAGUCAAUGCGUGGCAGACCACCGCCACAGCAUGAUAGCAGGUCACCCUCCAGAGCUAGCACUAUGCCGAGAGAUAUGGAGAGAAUUAACCCUGUACAGAGUCCUGAAAGAGGAUUGGAUCGCGAUUCAGUAGAUGCCGCCCCAACGAGACGUGCAUACUCCACCUCUUCCACGAGUCUCAAUAGGAAUGAUACUCUCAAGCGACAGGAGCUGGAGAAAGAUGACGAGGUUGCGCCAUUGCAGCCAUUAGGUGCUAGACAGGCUGCUGCUCCUAAGACGGGCAGAUACCGCAUGUGGCAGCAGAAGACCCAACAAUUUGUUGACCUUUCAACUGGCAUCAGGUUGAGGCUCAGCAUAGCAGCUGGGGAUCUCGUUGGAAAAUCGCAUGAGGAGUUGGUCCUGUUCCUGAUCCAGCUUAGACGUGACAAGGCCAACCUUUUGUCAUGGCUAUCCAUGAUAGACAAUGAACUAACCCUGCUCAAGGACCCCAACAGUUCCCGUGCUAACUCUGCUAGACUUAAACCAAGGAGCAGCGAGUCUCUUCGGCGUAGCUCCCCAGACCUGAACGAGGAUGACAGAGAGUUCUACCAGGAGAUCUUGACGGAGAGAGAAGACAUCACCAGGGAGCUGGACAUUAGCGCCCCUCUCAUCAACCUGGUGGACAACCUGGUCAGGAUGGGUAGUCUGUAUGGCGGGGAUAACCACAUGAUUGCUCAAGAGUUCUAUGGGGAUAAAGUCCAGAAGGGCCUUCCCUACUCUCCUCCCAAGAAGCUUAUUGAGUUCUCAAGACGUAUGGAGGAAGAGAAACUUGUGCACGAUCUGGAGGAAGAGCUGAGACAGUUAGAGACAGCAGAAGAUGUAGAACUCCAGGAGAAGUUGGACCAACUCUAUGACCUGGACAAGAAACUUCAGGAGAUCUCGGCCAGAGUCAGCGUUCUCAAGGAUGAGAAGGAUAAGAUUGAGAAUACCCUUCAGAGGUUAGACCAGCAGAUCAUUCACGACUGGGACGACAAAGAAAUGGUUGCAAAGAUAGAAGAGCAGCAGAGACAACUAGAGAGACAGUUAACGAGAGUUAGAUUACAACUGGCACAGGGUACCAAGGAACUUGAAGAAAUCACGGCUGAGAACAGCAGGAUAGAGCAUGAGGUGGCUCUGAUGAAAUCUGGGAUGGAAGGCGUUAACAACGUUAGCACUCAGAAGUCGGCCGACUCAGUGAAGGAGAAACUUCAGAUGGAGCGAGAGGUCAACCACGUCCAGUCGGUCAUGAACGGUCUGGAGCGCCAGCGGACGUCUCUGGCCAAUCAGAUGGACACACUGCGCCGCACACAGUCUACAGGUGAUAAUGAGCAGGAGAAUGGGUGGAAUGGUUUCUCAUUAGGUUCCAAAGGCAAGGUGGUCCACCGGAAAUCAUCCAGGGAGGCACUUCUCUCUGGUCCAUACGUUGUGACUGACCUUGACACCCUGAAGACGAUGGACAUCAGUGCCUUACACACCAUGCCCUCAAGCCCAGAGAUGAUGAACAACUCUUCCACCUACGCAGACACCAACCUUGAUGGGUACGGCGAUCCUAAGCAAGGUUUCAGCGAUCCUCAGCGCGGCUUCAGCGAUUCUAAGCAGAGUUUCGGUGAUCCUCAACAGAGCUUCAGCGACCCUAAACAGCAGUACCUUGACACGAAGAGAGGACAGCUGGAUUCGCCGAUGAGUCAAGCGAUUAGUCCGGGGGUGUAUCCAGCUCAGAAAGGGCAGUUUAACCAGGGGGAUCCCAUAUUAGGGAGUGGCGACUCCUUCCCAAGGUACAAUGACUCUUAUGAUCCAGCCUCAGGGGAUUACUACCAAGGCAAGGGUAAUCCAGGAGAGGACAGUCUUACCAGGAGGGGGGAUCAGGGCGGGUACGACCAAAGAGGGUUCGAUCAAGACCAGGGAGGAUUUGACUCUGAGAAGUUUCAGGGUGUUGGUUACGACGGUGAUGCGUCCCGUCGCGGAGACUUUGAUAGGAGCAUUGGUGAUGCCGGCGGUAACAACGUGAACAAUCGUACCAAUGACUCCAAUAUCUCAUCAGGACAAUCCCCCUAUAACAUCCCAGCGUUUGACGAUGUCAUGGGGAACGAGCAAUCAUUCGGCAGCCCAGCCAGAGUAGAUUCCAGUCUCUUUGACAGCAAAGGUGACCCUGAGGCGAGGGUAGCGGAACAAGGUCUCGUCCAGGCACAGUUCACGUCUCCGGCGUACAGUUCCCCUGGCUUCUCUGCCACCCCACCCCAGGGGUCGGUGUCAUCGGGGACGGGGAAAGGGUUCUGGUCAACAGAUCUGGACACGAAGGAGAAACGCAUGUACCCGGAGAUUGGACAGGCUCCGUUUGAGGUGGCACAGGAGAAGGUGACAGGGAGGGUAGAGCAACCCUUGAUGAAGCAACCCUUGAUGGACCCAAUACCUCAUCCAUAUGACAUGGAGGAAAGCUUUGAACAGAAGCCUGCUGAAGAUGUGCAGCCGCCCCCGCUCACAUCACCCGAAGUAAACUCGGACCUCACACCCGUAGGACUGUUCCACUAUACCUCGCUCUCACCAAAGAGCUUUGAUGCCCAGCCCACCAAGAAACAAUUCUCCAAACAGUCCCUAGACCAUACCCAAAACACCUUGCCUGACUAUGCAACGCAAUCCCACGACGGUUACAAAUCCCCUCUGAACGUUACAAGUAACAGCGCACCCCUGUCAUCGCAAGUGGGCAGUGCCUACCAAGAUGGGAGCUACUUUGAUAAUGCACCUCUAGGCAAUUCCAUUGCAAAUGCGGGGGAUUCCAGCAAUCUGGAGGGAUCUGCAACACUGCCAUAUACGAGCAAGCGGUGGGAGGAAUACGCCAGCCAACCGCAGUGGGACUAUGGUAUCCAAGACGACCAGGCCCCUCCCUCUGAGUCUUCGUACAGAUCGGACGACAGCAAACAACCAAAGGAACGCAAAACAUCGUUGUACGGACCAACACCAUUCAGAAAGACAUCUUCCAUUGACCCCAUGAGCAAGACGAUACCGGGUUUCUCAUCCGUGAGUGCGGUGACGAGGAGGAGGAAACCAGGACUGGACGAAGAGAAGAAGAACAGAAGGAAAUCUGCAUCGGAGCGUCUGUUGAAUUCUGGUAGUCAAUCCUACUCGGAGCCUCGGCGUGAUGCUUUCUCAGAUACAGAGAUGGAACCUUCCCCUGUCAUGACUAUCAAACCAGGCAAACCUAUAUCACGGCUGAAACGCCAAACCAGUGCUUCCCAAAGGCUUAUCCGAUCAGCACGAGCAAAGUCAUUGCCCGGAAACAUCAACCUCCCCUCUUCCGACAACGGUACCGGCGAGGACCCCUCCCCCAGCCACCAACCCCUCCCCGCCCCAGUCCAAACCCCCUCCACAUCCCUCCCGCCUCAGCCCCCUUCCCCCUUGCGGGAUGACGUUUUCGCUGGCGGGCAGAAGAAAAUUCACACUUUGGACGGGACGAUAACUUAUAAGCCGUCUUCCGUCUGGGAAAAGGCUUUGGUAAAUGACCUUCCCAUGGGUGACCUCCAGAGGGCACUAAAGACCAAGGAUGAGGAGGUGGAAGAGGAGGAGCAACGGAGGAGGAAUUUCAACUACGUCUACCAGAGCGAUUUGAAGAAUGUUGAAUUUGAUGAAUCGACAGGCGGAGGAUUGCUUGGUAUCCCUGCAAAGGUCCACAUCCCAGAGAGAUACAAUCCUGCAGAAGAGGAUAAUAGUGAGGUGGAGAUAGAGACAGCGGAAGAAAAUGCGAAAAGAGAGCAGAAAGCGAAAAAGAUGGCAAAGAUCCUAUCCUCCCAGAGUAUGCAGGAAUGGCAUCCACGAGAAAUCUUACCAGAAUGGAAUGGGCGUGGUCCCUCAGUCGACAUGAAGGAACACGUAGAAAGAGAGAAGGAGCUCCGACAAGAGGUCCUGGUCAAGCGCCGAGCCCUGGCCCAAGAGGUCUCACAGCAGACAAAAGUCCUAGCAGGUACGCCUAGCGAUAGCGACGACGGGUACAAAUACCGGCGCAACGAUGGCGAUCAGUACGAUAGGAAAUUUGAUAGUGAUAGGUGGGAUUCGGAUGAAGCUAGAGUCUAAUUUUGGGAAUUAUCAAUUUUUAAAUAAUAAUGCAGUUUCUGUUGAUUGAUAUGGCAACCAGGUGACGGAUCAAUUCGAUAGCAAAUUUGAUAGUGAUAGGUGGGAUUUGGAUGAAGCUAGAGUUUGAAGCCCGUCUGCACUAGUUUGGCCAGGGGGAUUAGACCUCCCAACAAGGUCACUGACUGGUGCUUAUCUCAUCAAAUCAGCUCUCAAUUGACAUGAGACAAAGGGGAUCAUGGGGGACCAACAGGCACCGAUUAGGCAUUGUUUGCGGUAUAGAGGGCGCAAAUAGCUAUAAGUAGUGCAGUGGGGCUUUAAUUUUGCGAAUUAUCAGUUUUUUAAACAAUAAUGUACAGUUCCUGUCAAUCAGAGAUAUUAACAACAUUCACAAUUAUCAUCACUAAGGGCAACCUGUUGAUGAUCAAUGCGAAAGCAAAUUUGAUAUGUAGGAUUCGGAUGAAGCUAGAGUCUAAUUUGGGGAGUUAUCAAUUUUUAAACAAUAAAAUGUGCAGUUCCUGUCAAUAUCAAGGACAUUCACCAUAAUCAACCUUAUAAUGGUCAAUACAAUAGCAAAAUUUAUAGCGGUGUUCUGUAUCAUUGGGUCUAGUGAACAUUACAGACAAAGUACAAAGUUUUAAUUAUAUGUUUAUUAUAUUGACGACCAUGUUUAUUUGCUAUCUGCUUCUUUUCCCCUGACAGAUUGAAACCCCUUUGUAGGUAGGAAAAGGGAAUAAGGUCUGCACAGAAUUAAACAAUUUGCACGAUUUUGAAUGGAUAACUAAAAUGCAUUUCAAAACAACUGUUUUUCUUUUUUUAUUUAAUAGCCCUGAAAUAAGCAUGCUCUGUAGGUAUUCUUCUUGUUUAAAUGAAUUAGAUGUUCCAUGAAGUUUUAAAUAGCAAUGGGCAUUAAACUGUUAGUUUUUCUUGAAAAAGUUCUGCUUGAUAUUGCAUUAGCAAAGCCCGCAAAACUAAAAAAAAACAAUGAGAAUUUUCUCUUUUCUAUAAAUUUUUGUGAUGUUUUCCAACUCUUCAUAUGUUGCUACUGUAAUGUUUACACACAUUUUAUUUAGCAGUCAAAUAAAAUUCUGCACAUUUUAUUAUACUAAACAUGUAAUAACAUUAUUUAAUUUUAAUUUGUAAUUAAAAUGAACAUGAUAAGACUGUAUGAAACUACUUGCUAAUCUCAAUAUUAAAUUAAAAAUGUCAUGUGUAUUACCACAACACUUCUUUCAUCAGGCACAAGUCUUUAAAACAUUCUUAAUACCCAUGAUUCUGUAUUAUACUAAAUACGUCAUGAAAUUAUUUAUUGGUACUAUCAGUUUGUAAAGACGAGCCAACGAACUAGAACAAUCUCUUUGUAUAAUACCAUUACAGUUCUAUCUAUACAGUCCUACACAAUUAAAAUCACCAUUCAUAUUAUAAAUGAUUCUAUAUUAAACUAAACAUGAUAUAAGUGAUCUCUGGCUAAUAUUGAUUAAAAAUGCUUCCUGUUACAGCAUUUUUUUAAUUACUAAAAUUCUUUAUUUUACAAAGCAAUGCAAGCUCGUGGAAUUCAUUAUUUUGAUUUUCUCUUUGCUUUGGAUUGUUAUACUAACCCUGUUAUUCAUAAAAAGAUGAAAAGUCUUGGAAUCAUUUUUUUCGUUACCACAAACUUGUUUAUGACUCUCUGCUUAUUUUUCAGAAUUUAAAAUCACUUACAAUUAUUUUACAUUAUUUUAAUGAUAUGUGAUAUGAUAUCUUUACAUUAAAAUAAUUCAUGUAUUAGACAAUAUGAAUAUUCAUCUUGAGUAUGCAUUCAUCUUUUAGACAUAAUAUGAAUAUUCAUCUUGAGUAUGCAUUCAUGUAAAUGUAAUAUACACAAUAUGAAUAUUCAUCUUGGGUAUACAUUCAUGUUAUACACAAUAUGAAUAUUCAUCUUGAGUAUGCAUACAUGUAUUUUUACAAUCAAACAGAUAAUAAGAAAGCUUACCGGUAGACAAAUUUAUUUAGUGACUAGUUCUGUAAGACAUAAUUUUGCAUGAAAGAAUCAUAAUUAAUAUGAAAAGCUUUAGUGAGACUUUCUAUUGUUUCAUAGCAAGUUUACCUGUUGAGUUUUUGCAGCAGUGGAACUUCAAGACGAUUUUAAUAUCAUGUGUGAAAAGAGCUUUGUGUUGAUGUAUGGGUAGUUCAUUUCCUUCCGUUCACAUUCUCAACCAAACGUUUCAUGAUUUCAUUUGCACAUGCCAUUUUGAAGUUUGGUUUACUAACCUUUUGUUUGUUUUUCUCCUCUUUAUCGUUUGUGUUUUUUGCGGGUUGUUUUCGCCUUUGCUGCCUUUUGACGUUUACAGCCCAAAUGAAUGCUGUAGCCUAAAGCCACCUCACUCGAACCAUGCCAGGACAUCAAACAAAUCAUUUAAAACCACCUCCCCUACUACCCCCUCGGUGUUGGACUCUAACCAAGCAUCAUCAGCGACAACCAGAAAUUUAAAUUUGGAAUAUCAGGGACCCGUUUCACAAAGCCUUUUUUCAAUGACAAAUGACAAAAAUCAGUGACAAAUUUAUCUGCUGAUAACCAAUCAAAAGCAAGGAUUUCAGUAGCUUAGGUAUAACAAAAACUGUCAUUUGUCACUGAUGAGAAGUUUUGUGAAACAGGACCCAGGAGUACUAACAAAAUCAUCAGAAUGUUGUUGAAUUCAUACCUUAUGCACUGUUCAUCAUGCCAUUAACAUUAAUGUUAAAGCAGCGAGAACAAAAACAAAUCCAUGAGUAGUAGCUAUCAUUGAGUUCUCAUUGAAUAAUCUGUAAGCACUUGUUAUCAUGCCAUCAAAAAAGAAUGUUUAAAAAAAAAUAUGAUUGAAACCUCAUUGAAUUAAAACCGUUAGCAUUCGUGCCGUGUACAAGUCCUUGUGCAUGUCCUUGUUUUCAAAGAAAGUGUAAUCAUACAUGUUUGUAUGGUUUGGCACAGAGCAUUUUAUUUUCGAGAGUUGCACCACAGAAUGCCAUGACCUUUGAACCCAAAUUGGUGCAACUGUGAUAUGUCUUUAUACCUUUAUACCAGUAUGCAAAUGCAGCAAUGGUCAGGGUUUUUCUAUUUAAUGAGGUUUUCGAUUUGCUAAUUAACUUACAUGUACUGUACUUGUACCUUGUCGUGGGCUGGUGUUUUGGGAAACUUAAGGAUAUCACACAUUUAUUGUACUGUCAUGUAUUUCUUUCUGGUAAUACUGUCCAAAUAAUUCUGCACAUGCUGUGCCUAUACCAGUACACUCCAUUUUGAGAACACACUGUUCCAUCAAAAAGACCCAGAGAAAUCCAUGGAGUCUGUUUGAAAUGUAAUGGUACUCAUGUUGUACCCUAUACCAAAGGAACACUCACUUUUCACAACAAAGCUGUCCUUAAUUGUAAAUUGUUUGUGAUCAUUUUUAUUUGCUUUUCAUAAAUAGUGAUUUGCAUCAAAUUGGCUAGAAUAAAAAUUUCAGUUAUUAUAAAGAUCAUUUCAUUUACAAGAUUGGGUGAAAAUUGGCAACAAUCAAAAUUACAGUUAUUACGAUGAUCAUUGCAUUUACAAGAUCAGGUGCAAAUUGGCAACAGUGAGCACUUUUAAUAGUUAUCCCAAAGAUCAGCCCAUGAGAUCCGAAGAAGAAGUCAUUUAUAAUGCACUAACCCAAAGUUUGUUUUCAUGUCUCUGCUACUUCGGUGCCAGAGAUAUUAUUUUCAUUUACAUGUAAUUUGUAACCCUUUCACUAUUGCCGUUACAUUUUGUGUAAUGGAGGCACAUACCGGUCGAUACAUGUGUGUUUCAUUAAAAAAAUGUUUGAUGUUGAAAGGGUUAUUUAAGCAAAUUUCAUCAGCUUGUGUUGAAAAUGUGUCAGAUCAGAAGUGUUGCAACCUUCUAUGAUGGGCACAAAAGUAGCUUGCAGUUUGCAUUCACCCCCCCCCCCCCCUGCUUCAUAAAAGUUUUUCAUCAUGGCAAACUCAUCGCAAAUUUAAACGUAGUUGUGUACUAGCAUCAUUCAUCAAAUGCAAGGUCUUCAAUUUUGUUGUUUUUAUACAAAUGGCUAAGAAAUCACCAUUACCAUGACAAGUAAAUUGGCAACAUUAAUAGAAUCUUAUUUUUGUUAGCCAUGUAUCUGAAAUUGAAAAUGUGUGCAUUUCACAUAUUAGUCACAUGCUAUUUAUAGUGAUACAAAGAAUUAAGCAUUUGUGCUUGUAUUUGACAACACAUGUGUGUUGCCAUUUUGCAGGUAUUGUAUUGUUCUCAUAUAAAAAAAAAAAAUAGAGAUGUUUUAUGAAGAAAUUCAGGAUACCAUGCUGAUUUAAAUUUUGCUGAAAUUGGAGUGAGAUUUGGUAUUCAAAACUUUUCUGAAGUAAAAAGUAGUGAAACGUACCCCAAAAUUACCAUGAUUUUAAGUUGCUUGAAUAGAAAAUAUGGGGAGGAAAUGUGUUAAUUUAGUUUGCGAAUUGCCAUGUCCAGUCUAAGAUGCAAGACCAAAGUAGAUUUAGAGAAAUCAAUAAAAGAAAUUCAUUUUCAUGCUGCUAACAUUUGGUGCAAACAUUUCAUCAUUGCACAUCCACAUACUUUCAUCAAAGAGAUUCUGUUCAUUCUGCAAGAAAUGAAUGGAACAAAGUUCAAAGUGACCCCCAAAGAUAAAAAAAAGGCUUCCUUUUCUCCAUCGGCCAAAGUUGCAAAAGCUUAAAUAGCGUAGAUAACCCACAUGCUUCUUUUUUUGUUGCACUUGUUAUGAAAUAAAGUGUUCAUGAAAUCAUUUUGCAUUCAUUAAACUCAUCUGGAGUGAAUAAGCAGGUUUUAAUGAAGUUGUGUUGUAUUCAAUGAAUGCAUUCAUAUCCUAUGACUUUGUGUUGUAUCCAUUGAAUGCGUUCAUAUUCAAUGACCUUGUGUUGUAUUCAAUGAAUGCAUUCAUAUUCUAUGAUUUUGUGUAGUAUUCAUUGAAUGCAUUCAUAUUCAAUGAACUUGGGUUGUAUUCAAGGAAUGUAUUCAUAUUCAGUGUACUUGUGUUGUAUUCAAGGAAUGCAUUCACAAUCAGUUAACCUUUUUGCAUUCAAGAAACCUAAAUGUAUUCAUGCUCAAUGUACUUGUUCUGUAUUGACUGAAACUCUAAGUAAAUGUAUUCAUUUGUCCUCGAUAUUCAAGGAAUCUCAAAUAUUCAAUUGAUAUUGUUUAUAUUCAGUGAAGGAAUUUAAAUGCAUAAAUGGAAUUGAACCUCCGACAUUGAAGACAUUUAUUGAAGGAGGUUGAAGAUAUUGUUUCCCAUUCAUUAAUGAAGGCACAAUGUCUAGUGUAGAAAGAAACUCUGUAACAAUACUGGGAAUUCAGAUUGUUCUUUUUCUACUUUACCUUUUGGUCAAUUUUGAUAGUACCCUCACCAGUUUUGUCAGAUUGCAUCCAAAUAAUUUAUAACAGCUUUUAUUUGAAACCAUGUGCUGUCCAAACAUGUCAUCUGUUGCAAAUCCAGUGUAUUCAGUGUAAAAUUCAUUAACAGUUUUCUGAAGUGAAACCCCACACAAAUUGAAAUGCUGGGGACUGAAGUAUAAAAAUUGCUAGAGUGAGCAUUUAUUCAUGAAAAGUUCAAUGAAUAUAUUUUGUGAUAUAGAUAUUGAAGGGCAAGUUUUGCUGCACCGCAUAUUUUGUAUGCACCUGUACAAAAUGUAGAUAAAGAUUGAAGCAAUAUAUUGCUGUGUAGUCUGGGGCUUCCAUAAAUGCAAAUUUUCCACACCAUACCAAAGUUAUUUGGUUCGCAUUUAAGACGAUAUCGAGGUGGAAUUACCGAUAAAGUAAGGGGUUGGCUUUAUAUUUUUGCAUUUUUUAGUUGUAUGCAUUGUAACUGCCAUGAAUGUUUGGCCUUUGAGAAUUGCAGAAAGAACAAUCUUAUUACAUGUACAUAGCAACAUGCAAAGGACAUUGAAUACAGCUUCAUGCUAGUCAUGUAUGCAGAACAGUAAUGUCAUUGUAUUCAUACAUGUACCACAUGUAGCCAUAGAUGUAGGAUUUACCUUAUAUUCAACUUGUAAAAAUCAAUUUUAUGCAACAGCAGUAGAGUUUUCAGAUUGCCAUGUAUUCAAUUUUUCUGAAUUUUUCUGUAGAUAAAAGAACAAUUGUGUAAAAUAUGUGUAAAUAGUUUAUUCACCUAUAUCUAACCAUCUCUUGAUUUGUAAAGUACUUCUAUUCAGCACUAAAAGCGGUAACUUGAUAUUAUACCAAAUGUACUUAUUAUUGAUAGUACUAUCUAUAUUUAUUGUACUAUAUUCAUGUAUACAUUUAGCUGCUAAUUAGAUAUAUCUUUAUAUUGUAGCUGCCUGUAGUUCCCUUUUAUAUGGAUUUUAAAAUGAAGUUUAAUCUGCAAAGAGGAUUUUAAAGUAUUAAAUUUAAGAUAUUUUAAGUAAACAUGAAGGAUAUAAAAAUGAAGGCCUUGUGUGUUUUUUAAAGGAAAAAAAUAUCUUCAUGUAUACAGGUACUGGUCAUUAGGAAUUGAAUAAAGAACUUUAACGACUUUAUGAAAGAUAUGCUGUGAAUUUCAUUUAGUGAAAACAAGUUGCAAUUAAUCUUAAGACAUAUUAGAGAAUCAUGAUGGUAUUCAAGGCAAAUUUGUAAUGAUAGAAGAGAUUAUUUAGGUCAGUUUUUAAAACAAUUGGAGUAUUAAAAGUUAUCAUUGUUUAAGAAUAUGAAUUGAAAUACUUUUGUGGCAAAUUUUUAAGGUCAUUUUUUUAAACAAUUAUUCUAAAUAGAUAUCAUUGUUAAUAAAGAAUAUGAAUUGAAAUACCUUUGUGGCAAAUUAAUGAGGUUUGUGAAUCCAAAUCGCUUUAUAAUCACGAAAGCUCUAUUGUCAAUGUUGAAGAAGACUAUGUGGGCUAAUGACAAUCCAAAUCCAUUGCUGCAGUGAAGAUUGAUGGCCAAGGCUUGCAUGAGGAUUUCUGACAUAUCACCAAUGGAUCAUUUCAAUUAAGAUAUGUACAUGUGCAGUGUGCCAUAGUGAUACAAAUUGAAGUUACAUUGAGUUGAAUGAAUACGAUAUAUAAAUGUAAUUGUGCUUUUUAUGUAUGGUGUGUGGUACAUUGUAUACGCAUCUUUUGAGACCUAGAAGGGAGUUUACUCCUCGCUAUACAAGUUCGAGCCCUUAUGUCAGUUUCAAAAGGCAAUUAUGCACUUAUAUCAUUUUUGCAAAUUGAGUUUCUUUUAAUACAGUGCUGGAAUUACUGUACGUGAAUUUGAUAGUUUUCUUCAAACCAAUUUGUGCCUUGUAAUAAAUCUAGCUGAGUAUUGUGUUGAAUUAAUGUAAAGGUGGUGCUGGGUAUUGGUCAAAGAAAAGAAAAUACCUUGGAGGAAAACAUAGUACAUAGCAAUACCACAUGAGAACUGUAUUUUCUUGAAAUAUUCACAUAUUUAUAUUUCAACUAGAAAUUGUUGUUCCCUUAGAGCAGGCUUAUCAUAAGCUAUAUUUUGAUCACAUCAUUGUGUAGUCCCAGAUGCCCAGAUUUGUGUGCAGUCAUUGCAGUGCUUGAUCGUUUCAGUGAGAUGGGGUGAUUUUAGUGGUUAUAAAAACGUGAAUAUAUGUAAUUAUUCGAUGUUGCUCCAUAAUCGACCAUUCAGAAGAGCUUUUAAGAGGUUAUUUCAUGAUGAAAUUCUGCCAUCAGUACUCGGCACCACCUUUCCAAUCCAAAUACGUGUAUUUCCAUGUUAUACACAAACAAGUACCAAGUAUUAUUGAAAUUAUCUCACUGCUAUGGCAUGCUUUAGGAGUAACAGAAUGUCCAGUGAAUGAAACAGUGACCUGUGUAUCUGUAUACUUCCCAGGAGAUUAAAGAAUCCUAUUUUUAUCUACUUGGAAAAGAGCAUCAUGCUCUUCAGUUGAUUAAUUGCGACAAUCUAAGUUUUUAAUGAUUCAUUAAAAAAAAAAGGGAUUUUUCAAUUGUGUUAGUACCAAGAGUCAAUACUUUGUAUUUUUGUACCCAUCACAAUAAGUGAAAUGCAAAUUUGAAUUUGGCUUCACAACAUAUCAAAUUUUGUAUGAAACAUCACAAGUACUUUGAAUUUUAAAAAAAAUUGCGAUGUAGUUGAUUAUUUGUAUUCUUACAUGUCAGAAUCAUUGUUGAAAUAGAAUUUUGAAUAUCGGUAAUGUAAUUAUAAAUCCAUUGCAGUUUUAAAUUUUGAAUUUUGCCUAAUGUAAUUAUAAAUCCAUUGCAGUUUUAAAUUUUGAAGUUCAGAGAUUUGAAGUUUCCAUCUACUUUUGUGGGUAGGAGGAAAAUUAUGAAAUUGCCAUUUGUGUAAUUGUAUUCACAGAGAGGGAGAGAAAGAAAAAAUAGUCAUGAAUUUAUUUUGUUCGGAAGGUGUGAUAUUUAAUGAAUGAAGUUAAUUUUUACAGUCUGCUGGUUGCUGAAUUUUUAUUUCUUGAAAGUGAUCGAUAUGCAAAGCUUUUGAUUUUUUUUUUUACAACUUUGCUACAUUUUGUUACAUGUACAUUUAUGUGAUUUGGUAUAGCAUGUGGCAAUAAUUGUUUUACAUUUAUGUUGUACAAUAAUUUCUGUUAUAAAAAAAUGAAACGAGAAAUUUAUAAUCAGUGCUUCAUAGGCAGAUUCAGUUGUAGCUUUAUUCUUUUUGAUCCAAUUUUCUUCUCUUCAUGAUUGUAAUUAAUGCUUUUGAAAAACCUAUUUACCUGCAAUUGCUGUCAAUUAUGUUUCAAAUUAUACUGUCAUUUGUCAUAUAGUUUACAUUUGUAUUAAUUUGUAUUUGUUGUAGAUGUAUAAGAUUAUUUGGUGAGAGAUUUUUUUUUCUUCUUCAGUUUUAGUUUAAAAAAUGCUUUGCCUUCCAAAUGUGUAACCCCCAUUUAUAUUUGUUGCAUUCAAUUAGGCCUUAUUAAGAAUCAUUUGAUAUUUUGUGAGCAGUGUGAUUAAAGAUCUAACAAUUGCAUCAGGAAAAAAA